UAAUUUUGGACUCCAUCCUACAAAUCUCGUCCGGGAUUGCUCGAAUGAAGUGGAAAUAAGGUGUAAAUACGACGAUUAACGAAGAAGACGACGACGACAUAACCUCAAAGACGCGUGGCCCGGCGCGAGCGGCGGCGGCGCCGGUAACGAAGCCCAUUAAGAAGUCGAUCACGAGAAGGAAUCAAGAUGACAGACGAGACAACAAAACCCAUGAGCGCAUUCUUCAUGACCGAAGCCGUUCCAAAAUUCAGCGGCGAGGAUCUGACCUACAGUUCGACAAAAUGGACACAAGACAUCGAGGACAAUGCAGAGAUAUUUAGCUGGACUGCACAACAGAAGUUGAUUAUUGCACGUAAAUCUCUGACGGGUACGGCGGAGCUGUGGUUGAAAACCGAAAAAGCCUUUAAAUCGUAUGAUGAUCUCAAAGCGGCACUAGUGAAAGAGUUUCCUGAUAGCAUCAAUUCAAAAGAAAUGCACGAAACCAUGAGUACGCGGAGAAAGAAACCCAGCGAAACCUGUUAUCAGUAUAUGCUAACAAUGAAAGAACUUGGGAAAAGGGCUAAGUUUCCUGACUAUGUGUCCAUACAGUAUAUCAUUGACGGAAUUCCAGAUAGUCAAGUCAACAAAAUGUGUCUAUACGGAGUGACUACGUAUACGGCUUUAAAAGACAAGCUGGCUAUUUAUGAGGCCAUGAAACUAAAGAUGAAACCUCGUCAAGAGUCUCGGAGUGAAGGUACGCGCACUGAAAAUACAACAAAAAAUAAUCAACAGAGAUGCUUCAAGUGUGGUGAGCCGGGGCAUUUGGCUAGUGGGUGCUCGAGCGGCAUUAAGUGUUUCCGGUGUAAUUCCUACGGACAUAUUGGCGUUGAUUGCAAGGCCAGCAUCAGUGGAAGUAAGGAUGGCGGCCUAGCAACAGCAUCGACUCCGCGUAAUGUUGGCAAUACAGGCGGAAACAACGUGCGCGAUCGGCGAUCGAUGUUUGCCGAAACCGAGUUCACAGAGGGCGCUGUACGUAAGAACGAAUGUAAAUGCUGCGCGGAACAAAACGCUCAAUGGAAUGAAACGUCACAGACUUGAACAAUUUGAACGUGAACAUUCAGUGUUGUGAACGGGAGGAGACGACUUUGACGGGAUUAGGUGGUAAGGUGCAUGCAAUCGGUAAGUUUACCUACAAUUUAGUAAUGGAUGGUCAUCGUUAUGAUUUUAUUUUUUUUGUUGUACCUACGGGUACCAUGUCUUAUGCAGUUAUUUUGGGUCAGCCUUUUAUUGCCAACACAGUGAUUAUAAUUGAUGGAGGUGCAAUUGCAGUGAGGCCACGGACAGGUGAUAUCAUAGACUGGUGGUGCUUGUUUUCGACAAACGAUUCUGAGAGUCCUUUAGUCCAGGAAUUGAGAGCAUCUUACCAACCAAAUAAAAUAAAAGAUGCCCCUAUUAAACUGAGAAUAGUGUUAAAAGAUGAUAUCCCAGUUGUGCAACGACCACGGCGAUUAGCUCUUAAAGAAGAAGAAACAGUGAGAUCUCAAAUCGAAGAAUGGUUAGAUAAAGGCAUUAUACGACCUAGUUAUUCAGAGUAUGCCAGUCCUCUGGUGUUGGUGAAGAAAAAGGAUGGAACUACCAGAGUUUGUGUGGAUUACAGAAAAGUCAAUCAAAAGAUGAUCAAAGAUGAAUAUCCACUUCCAGUGAUUGAUGACCACAUCGACAAAUUGAGUAAAGCCAGGGUCUUUAGUACGCUAGACCUCAAAAAUGGAUUUUUUCACUUGCCAAUUGAAGAGGACUCAAUAAAAUAUACAUCAUUUGUGACCAGUAACCCAGAGGGCCAAUAUGAGUUCCUGCGUGCCCCCUUUGGUUUGUCGGUAUGCCCGAAAUACUUUAUGAGAUAUAUUAACAUCAUCUUUAGAGAGUUCAUCAUGGAGGGAAUAGUACUGAUAUUUAUAGAUGACCUAAUUGUCUUGGCUGAGGAUGAAGUACAAGGAUUGGAGCGUCUGAAGAAAGUGUUGAAGGUAGCAGAAGAAUAUGGUUUAGAAAUAAAUUGGAAAAAAACUCAGUUGCUGCAACGAACGGUGGAGUAUUUGGGCCACAUUAUAACGAAUGGAAUGGUGAAACCUUCAAAAGAUAAGACUCGCGCAGUACAUGAAUUCCCAGAGCCCACCAGCCUAAAAGAAGUACAUAGCUUCAUAGGACUCACAUCAUAUUUUAGGAAGUUCAUUCCGGACUAUGCUAUAGUAGCAAGGCCAUUGACUGAAAUUUUAAGACUGGGCGAAUUUACCUUUGGAGUGGAUCAGAAGCGUUCAUUUGAGAAAUUGAAGGCAAUACUAUGCAGUGACCCAGUGUUGAAGAUAUUCGACAUCCAGUUGGAGACAGAGCUGCACACAGACGCAUCAAAGUUGGGAUAUGCAGCAAUUUUACUACAAAAAGAUCCUAUUGAUGGGCAACUUCAUCCAGUCCACUAUAUGAGUAGAAAAACCACUGAAGCACAAAAAAAAUGCAGUAGUUAUGAGUUAGAAGCCAUUGCAGUGGUAGAGGGAGUAAGAAAAUUCAGAAAAUAUUUAAUAGGAAUACCAUUCAAGAUAGUUACCGACUGUGAAGCUUUCCAGAAGACGCUGACUAAGAAGGAAGUAUGUGCAAAGGUUGCCAGGUGGAUCAUGUUCUUGCAAGAUUUCGAUUUCACUAUAGUACACCGGUCUGGGGAAAAAAUGCCACAUGUAGACUCAUUAAGCAGAAACAUUUGUUUUGUUAAUUCAGAAUUACAUGCCCGUAUACAGAAAGCACAAGAAGAGGACGACCAUUUAAAAACCAUCAGAGAAAUAUUGAAGGAAAGGUCGUAUGAAGACUAUUUUGUGGAAAAUGGGGUGAUUUACAAGGGCAUAGAGAGAAAACUGGUGAUACCAGAAAUCAUGGAUGUGGAAAUUAUUCGAAGAACUCAUGGAGUAGGACAUUUUGGAAAAAAGAAGAUCAUGAGUAUUUUG